GCUUAAGAUGACUUCUCCAGACACUCUUGUAUUCAUGGAACUUGCAAUACAGCAGGCAAAGUUAGCUAUGGAUGCCCUUGAAGUACCUGUCGGGCUACAAGACAUGCCGAAAUGGAAGCUAUAGACCUGCUUCUAGAACAGUGGCAGAAAAACAGACUUUCGAUGACUGAAGUUGCUAAAAAAUUCUCAAACUGCAGUCUUUAUGUUACUUGUGAACCGUGCAGAAUGUGUGCAUCUGCUUUAUCAAAUUUAGGUAUAAAGGAAGUGUUUUAUGGCUGUUCAAAUGAUAAAUUUGGAGGUUGUGGAUCAAUACUAUCAUUGCAUUUAAGUGAUGCCGUGUCACCUAAUAAAAGGGGUUUCAAAUGUGCUGGAGGUAUAAUGGCAAAAGAAGCUGUCCUUCUCUUCCGAACAUUCUACGAGCAAUUUUCUCCAAUUUUGUGA